AUGGUUCAGAUUCUGGCACGCAUUGCUGCCCUGAUGGGCCUUGCGGCUCUCGCUUCGGCUCAGCAGGCCUCAAUCGACUGUGGCCGUCAAAACGACCUGACCGGCCCGAGCGACAACACUGUCUAUCUCUCGGGAGGCUAUUCUUUCGCCAUCAGGUGUCACACACUUCAGCUCAAUAAUCAUAAUGACUGGACAUUCGUGGGCCGACUCGGUGUGGAGGCAUGUGUCGCCGCCUGCGCAACCAGCAGCACUUGUCUCAAUAGUGUCUCGACUUACGACGGGCUCUACUGCUACCACUCGGCAACGAAGACACUGAGCAACGGCGUGAUUGAGAAGAGACAUCCGUACAUCAGUACUUUCAAGAUCAAGGCCCCGCUGAACUGCAAGGACAAGUCGAGCAGCGGCACCAUCUUCACCCCUGAGGGAUCCAGCCAGAAGUACCAGAUCCUGUGUGACUACCAGUUCGGCGGCAACACCCUGGGCGCCUCGAAGCGCGCAGAGACGUUUGAGCAGUGCGUCGGCUUCUGCGACACGACUGCCGGCUGCGUGGAUGUCGUCUACAGUGACGCCAAGUACUGCUGGCUCAAGUCGUCCAAGACCAACGGCUACGCCAGCGGCGGCUGGUGGACUGCCGUCAAGGUCGUGGACGGCACGGGCUCGGGCAGCACCAACACUGGCAGCACCACUGGCGUCGGCGCCGUCAACUGCUUCGACAACUCGGCGGACAAUACCGUCUUCACCACCCCGCUGGGCACCUACGACAUCCGCUGCAACUUCCAGUACGACGGCGACGUCCUGGGCGCCUCGAAGCGCGCCGAGACCUUUGAGCAGUGCGUCGACUUCUGCGAUUCGGAUGCCGGCUGCGUCGACGUCGUCUGGUCCAACGCCAAGUAUUGCUGGCUCAAGUCUUCCAAGAAGGGUAAUGGCUACAUCUCUGGCGGCUGGUUCACGGCUGUCAAGCGCACCGUCGCCGCCAACUAG